ACGUUUACAGCAGAAGCGCUGUUCUCCGGUUCCGCGGCUCAAAGGUGAAUUGCUGGAAAAGUUAAAAAUGAAAAAGAUAUUAGUGUUAAUAGUAGUUUGCAUCUGUGCAUGCAGUAUAUCGUUGUCCAAAAAGUUUAAAGAGGAGGAAAAACCCAGUUGGGCCAAGAAAGAUAUUCGUGACUUCAAUGAUGCAGAUAUGGAACGAUUGCUUGAGCAGUGGGAGGAAGAUGAUGAUCCUUUGGAACCCGAUGAAUUACCUGAACAUUUAAGACCUCCUCCAUCGAUAGACAUGGCGAACGUAGAUCCUGCUAAUCCGGAGAACAUUUUGAAAUUAUCCAAAAAAGGUCGUACUCUCAUGUCAUUUGUUUCUGUGAAUGGGAACCCCACAAAGCAGGAAACCGAGGAUAUAACUAAGUUGUGGCAGACGAGUUUGUGGAACAACCAUAUACAGGCGGAACGCUACCUGAUUGCUGAUAAUCGAGCAAUCUUCAUGUUCAAAGAUGGAGCGCAGGCUUGGGAGGCCAAAGAUUUCUUGGUGGACCAGGAAAGGUGCCUUCUCGUAUCGAUUGAAAAUAAAGAAUAUAAAGGAAAGCACAAUAGAGACGAACUAUAACUGCUCUAAACUAUCGAAAAUCAA